CCUCUUACAGUUAGUGUCCGUGAUUGCAGUGUGCGGAAUGUAACGACUGGAUUAUUCGGUACUCGGAAGUUGGGAGUUGACUACUAUUUGUCAUGCGCAUUGACUCUAUUCCAAAUUUAGAAGUAAAUCCGCCAUUAUCAAUAUAAAGGGGCCAAACGUCAUAACAAACUGUUGUUCACAGUUAUAUCUUUGAGGGAAAUAACUUUUUGAUAGCAACAGAAAAUGAGGGAAUAUAAACUGGUUGUGCUUGGUAGUGGUGGUGUAGGUAAAAGUGCUCUGACAGUACAGUUUGUCCAGAACAUUUUCGUUGAGAAAUAUGACCCCACAAUAGAAGACAGUUACAGGAAGCAAGUAGAAGUAGAUGGCCAACAAUGUAUGUUAGAAAUUUUAGACACAGCAGGAACAGAACAAUUCACAGCAAUGAGAGAUCUAUAUAUGAAAAAUGGACAAGGCUUUUUAUUAGUAUACUCUAUAACAGCACAGUCAACAUUUAAUGAUCUUCAAGAUUUAAGAGAACAGAUUCUCAGAGUUAAAGACACAGAUGAUGUACCAAUGAUUCUAGUAGGAAACAAAUGUGACUUAGAAGAUGAAAGGAUAGUCAGCAAAGAACAAGGAAUGAAUUUGGCUAGACAUUUUAACAAUUGUGAAUUUUUAGAAACAUCAGCAAAAGCAAAAAUAAAUGUUAAUGAAAUAUUUUGCAACCUUGUGAGACAAAUCAACAGAAAGAAUCCAGAAAAAAGACCAGGUGGAAAAUCAGGAAGCAAAUCUAAAUGUACUUUAUUAUAAUGGUUUACCACUUUAUAUGUGUAACAUUAAAGGGCAGAAAUAGAAGAAGAAUAGUUAUUGGAUAGACAGAACUAGUCCAGAAGAUUAAAGAAAAUGUGUCUUGCUGGUUUAAUCUUUUUAUCUAUAUAUAUUAAUUUUAAAAUACUUGGUUCUCUAUUUUAAAAUUUUUGUGUGAAGAUCUGACAAAAGUAGUUAUAACAAAUUCAUAAGCUGCAUUGGUGAAAACUAGUAACAAUAAUUUGCAGUUUCAUUAGUGUUAUAUUUAUUAGGCCGAUUAUAUUCAAAUGUACUUCAUCUUCACAAUGCUAGCUAAUUU